AUUAAAAUAAUCAGAAUUUUGAUAAUCCAAAAAAGGUUCUCUCUCAAAAUUUACACAACGGUUCCGUUUUGGUGCUUAACCAGCAGGCUGUUCUUUGAUCGUAGCACGCUCUGUGAUUUCCAUUUUGGUGAGGAAAUUUUUCCUUUUUUGGAAAUUUGUUUGUCUGGAUGGCGAGUAAUGGGGACGAAAGAGAGGAAGAUGUGAAAAUGGAAGAAUGUAAAGAGACGGCGGUGUAUAUGUGGGGUUAUCUUCCCGGAGUUUCGCCGGAGAAGUCGCCGAUAUUCUCUCCGGUUCAAGUGCCGUUUCCGGCCUCAUCGAUUCACGGCGGUGAUUCAUGGAAGGAUGUCUGCGGUGGUGGCUGUGGAUUUGCUAUGGCCAUUUCAGUUGCUUAUGUCCUCGAGAACGUGGAAUUAGGAUCUGGAAAGCUCAUAACUUGGGGUUCAACGGAGGAUGAAGGUCAGAGCUAUACAACUUCUGGGAAGCAUGGGGAGAUUCCAGAGCCUUUUCCUCUUCCCCAUGAAGCUUCAGUAGUGAAGGUAGCGGCUGGCUGGGCACAUUGUGUAUCAGUUACAGUGACAGGGGAAGUGUACACGUGGGGAUGGAAAGAGUGUGUUCCCUCUGUAAAAAGCAUCCGUGAGUCGGCUGCUGCAGGAAGUUUUCAGAAGGAUAAUAAUGGGAAACAAAGUGCACUGCCAACAGAACAAGCGAGUCCAAGAUCCCAAGGAUCAAGUUCAAAUGGUGGGGCAGUUUCUCAAUCUGACAAAAAGGCUGGAGAGGAAGUUAAUAAAAAGAGAAAAGUAUCAGCAGUGAAAGAAGAGUUUGAAAAUUUAUCAUCUGGAGAUGACUUCUUCACAGUGUCUCCUUCUCUUGUAACUCUGGGUCCUGGAGUAAGGAUCACCAAUGUUGCUGCUGGUGGGCGCCACACUUUGGCACUGUCAGUUUCAGAUAUGGGACAGGUGUGGGGUUGGGGCUAUGGCGGCGAAGGACAGCUAGGUUUGGGAUCUCGGAUAAAAAUGGUUUCUUCUCCUCAUCUUAUUCCUUGCUUUGAUACAUCAACUGCGGGGAAAGACUGGUCCUUGAUAGUCCCUCAAGGGAGCUUGAAUUCAUCAGCACAAGCUUCUAAAUUUCCAGGAAGUUAUGUGAAGGAAAUAGCUUGUGGAGGUCGUCAUAGUGCAGUAGUAACAGAUGCUGGAGCACUAUUCACGUUUGGAUGGGGACUCUAUGGACAGUGUGGCCAAGGAAGCACAAAUGAUCAGCUGAGGCCUACUUGUAUACCUACUUUAUCGUCAAUUCAAGUAGAAAGUGUUGCUGCUGGACUAUGGCAUACUGUUUGUAUAACUGCCAACAGACGUGUAUAUGCCUUCGGUGGGAAUCAGUUUGGACAACUGGGAAAUGGAGCCGACCAGGAUGAGACUCGGCCGACACUCUUGGAUGCUCCAAGUUUGGAAAGUAAGCGUGCAAAAAUGGUAUCUUGUGGGGCUCGACAUAGUGCAAUUCUGACAGAGGACGGACAGGUGUAUAGUUGGGGAUGGAACAAAUACGGUCAGCUUGGCUUGGGUGAUUCAAUUGACCGCAACAUUCCUUCUCGUGUUCCCAUUGAAGGUUGUCAGCCCAAAAAUGUUGAAUGUGGUUGGUGGCAUACCUUACUGCUAGCUGAAACAACCGUUUGAAUCAUAUUCGUUGAAGUUUCUCUCUCUUCUACUCGGAAUGGAUGAUGCAUCAAAUCUUGCGCGAGAUGGUAUUUCUUUUCCACUGCAAAAGCUGCAUCAAAAGGCCAGAAACAUUCGAGCCUGUGGAAUCCCUUGGAGGCCUGCUGAAAAUGUUAGAUGUCUUGGCAAUCUAAUCAAUUACAAUAAAAGUAACUGUCUUGAUGAAGACGUCCUUGCCCAUUUGUUUGAUCGGCUUUCUGGUACACCCUGCAGGAUGCUCAACACGAAGCCACGUCCCUUUUGGGCGAUUUCUAAGGAGACAUUGCUCAUUACAAAGCAUCUGCGAUAAGCGUGGCUUAAGAUAUUCCCACAAAACAACCAUAAAAACAAAAAUAAGAAAUAAUCACAACAUGGGCUGUAAAGGAAGUUGUCUUUGCUUUGCAAAAUGACAUGCAUCACAGACAUUAUUACUACUAGAGAAGAGUAGGAUAUAUAUCCGAACAAGAUGGAGUUUGGAAUUGUAUGGGGGACCGAGUCUGAAGUGCCAUUUGUCGAAGGCGUUGGUAAUAGCAAGAACUCUGUGAGAGGCCGGAGUUACCAUUCUGUAAA